GGUUGGCAACACUUUUGUAGAACUGUUAACAUCAAAUCGAUUAACAAUAAGAAAUUUGGGGUAAAAAAUUAGAUUGCAAGCAAAAAACAGUUAAAACGAUGGCAAGUGCGAUGGACGUGGACGUUGAUGAAGUUGAAAUGCCCACCAGCAGCUCAAAAGGCGAAAAAAAGCGUUUUGAAGUCAAAAAGUGGAAUGCCGUUGCUUUAUGGGCUUGGGACAUUGUUGUGGAUAAUUGCGCUAUUUGCCGCAAUCAUAUAAUGGAUUUGUGUAUAGAAUGUCAGGCAAAUCAGGCCUCUGCCACUUCAGAGGAAUGCACUGUAGCUUGGGGCGUUUGUAAUCACGCCUUUCAUUUUCACUGUAUUUCAAGAUGGUUAAAGACUCGGCAAGUUUGCCCGUUGGAUAAUAGAGAAUGGGAAUUUCAGAAGUAUGGGCAUUAAUUUACUAUUAGAAGCAAUUUUUGUUGUCCAACCCAUUUUUGUGUAAUUUCAUAACAAUAAACUUAUUAUAAAAUGUUUAUACUUCUAAUUGUUUUUUUGGUAAGGUUUUCAAUAAAAAUUAAUAUUUAUUAUUUGAUAUAAAUUUUA